UCUCAUCAAUUUACAUACGCCACAAUGACGACAUUUCCCUCCGCCUUUCCGUACCAGCCUCAACCUCGCAUCUCUCCACCAGCGGUCACGCCCUCACUUUCGAUCAAGCAUUUCAUGCCCCUCACGAACGGCGCGUCUCCCAUCGAUGGACCGAAUCGAUCCGUUUUCUCGGCCGCACCAAAGUUCAUGUAUUCACCCGCAACAAAUAAACUGCUUUCCGAUGUCAUGGCAGAGAGUCGUCUCACCUUCACGCAACGGUCCGGCUUGCAAUCCAUUCUCCGAAAAGGUGACGCCUUACCCACGCGACCUGGUGACAUUUAUCGACAAGAGUUGUGUCGCUACCGACACGCCGAGAGGGCCGCACGGUCACUUCAAGUUCCACUUCUUCCUCCCAACUUUAACAAAAUGGACAGGACGAAAUUGCCACAUAAUGUGCAACUCAUGUGUAAAUUCGGUCCUGGUGGACGUCGGACCCUGGACACGAUCCAAGCCUCGGAACGCACCGCUAAACCCGUUGGAUGCAACCGACGCUACAUUCCAAUCGACAAAGAGAAAGAAAAAGACCGUUUCGCCCAUCGUAUGGCAACCGGAAAAGAUCCACCGUCAGAGCUGAAAGUUUCCUCGUUACGACAGCAAAAUGUGGAUGACGAUGAUUUCGACCAGGUUUCUUCACCCUCGGAGACCAGAUUUCUCGAGCUGGUCUCUGAAAUUAAGGACCGGCUUGAGUUUAUGGAACAGACUGCCGCUCUGGGGCGUGAGAAGGACUAUCAUCCCACAAUUAUUGGUCAGAUUAAAGACUUGGUGGCUCAAAUGAGGACAAUUUCACCGGAAAGAGCUACCCACGUUGUGGAACUGUUUGACCUCAAGGAUCUCCUCGCCAACGGAGGGAGGAAAAAAUAUCGACCGAGUCAGGUUGAAGAAAUUCUCAAGAAUGAAAAUCAGAAUUGACGAUAAGAUAAUAAUCAUUUUAUUUAAACCUAAUUAGUGUUCAGAAAUAAAUUAUUAUGAUG